AUGGACGCCUCGGGUGACAAGGCUGCGCAGCUCGCGGCGCGCUACGACCGCCUCAUCGCUGCUCUGGGCGAAGAUGCGUUCCAGGCUUCUACUGGAGUGUGCGCGCGAGUGGAGGACGCUUCUGCAGCGGUGAACGACGCCGUGGACGACGCCCAGAGACAGAAGCUGCUGGCCGCCGCCACCGACAAGAGCGUGCGCUGUGCAGAGCUCAUUGCCAAGAGCUUGGAGGCGUCUGCAGCCCUCUCCAAGCUGCAGAAGACGCUGAAGGACGCGUACGACCACAGCCAGCAGGAGGACGAGGACGAGGACGAGUCGAUGGACAGUGAGGAAGACACUGAAGAGGACGAGGCCACCACGUUGCUGCUGCAGGACCUCGUGGCGGCCGGCGACGAGGCCGAGGACGCCGCCAAGAAGUACGCGCGCCUUGGCGUCGUCCGCAAGACCGCGCGCGCCAGCCACGAGCUGCUGGCGUCGGCGGAGCACGAACUGCAGGGCCAUCUGGCCAGUGAAUCGGCCACGGUGGAUGCUGCAGUGCAAAACGAGUUCCGGCAGCUGUACAUGGAGGAGUUCACGACGGCGUUCGGCGAUGAACUGGACCAGUUCCGCCAGGAGGAGCGCUUCGAGAGCAAGGAUGUGACCUAUUUAAUCUCCUGCAUCCACGCCGGGGGCGACAUCUUCUCGCCGCUGCAGAAGAAGCUCUUCGUUGAGUCAGUCGAGGCGAGUCGCGAGACGGAAUAA